CAGCGACAGCAAACGACUUUAUUUAAUUUAAGCUAAGUUCUUUAUUGAUAAUUAUUCGACGAGUCGUUACACAUUAAAGUUGUUUUGAGUCCAAACAGGGUGGAAGUAAUUACAAAAGCUAAGUGAAAUAAAUUCAUUUUUGGCGUAUUGUUAUAUACAGCUAUAUUUGAUGUGGACUUAAUACAUGAAUAGAGAAAAAACACGUGUAGUUUUUACUUUCUACACUUUUACGCAAAAAACUUUUAUCAGAGUAAUUUUCCUAUUUAGACUUUAAGCCAAGUGAGGCUUUUGUGUACUUAAUACAUGUACAAGACUAGUAAAAACAAAUAUUUAAUUAUUCGCAUCCUGUUGUGCCGCCGGGUAUUGGUGACGUCACAACUCCACAGCUUUUUCCCCCCCCUUCCUAACAAAACCACCUUCUUUUCUUCUCUUUUUUUCCUGCAACCUGACACGUCUGCCACGUCCAAACUUCCCGGAACGCUAGGAGGAACCUCUGCUCAGAAUCAUGAAAAGGUCGGCCGUGCCCUGGAGCCUGCCAGCAAAACAUCUCGCUUGACGGUGCAUAACUUGGCCUUCCAGAGCAAAACCUUUUGGACGUUAAGCUGAACCUCAGAGACAUGGCAGAAGAGCACAGAUAAAACAAUGGGUUGCUCUCUCCUCCUGUUGGCCAGCACCGUGUCCGGUCUGGGAGGUCUGCUCUAUGGUUAUGAACUGGCCAUUAUCUCCGGUGGUUUGCUCCAGCUCAAGGCCCAGUUCCACCUCACCUGCGUCCAGCAGGAGGUGCUGGUCAGCUCUUUGCUGGUCGGCGCACUGCUGUCCUCCCUGGUGGGAGGAACCUUGAUCGACCGCUAUGGCCGUAGAAAGUCCAUCCUCCUCAGUAACGCCCUGAUGCUGACUGGCAGCCUCAUCCAGCUAAUCAGCUCCUAUCCUGCGCUGCUGUGUGGCAGGUUCACAGUGGGCGUGUCCAUCUGUCUGUCCUCGAUGUCCUGCUGCAUUUUUGUGUCGGAGAUGGUCACCCCCGAGCGUAGGGGAUUCCUGGUAACCCUGUACGAAGCUGGGAUCACUGUGGGCAUCCUGGCAGCCUACACCAUGAACUACAUCCUGUUUGACUUGGAGAGGGGCUGGACAUGGAUGUUUGGCCUGGCUGUCGUACCAACCUUGGUUCAGCUUGUGGCUAUAUGCUUCCUUCCGUCCAACACUGGCAGAAACGAGUGCGACUUAGACCUUACCACUAACACAGAUACCCAAGAAGAAUGUGACUCGAAGGAACAGGCGCAGUAUGAUAUCAAGUAUCUUUUCAAGCGCAAAGACAACAUGAGGAGCCGCACCGUGGUCGGGCUGGGACUGGUGCUUUUCCAGCAGUUCACAGGACAGCCCAGCGUUCUCUUCUACGCCUCCACCAUCUUUAACUCAGCCGGCUUUCAGAGCGCAGACUCCGCGGUACUAGCCACUGUUGGCGUCGGUCUGGUCAAAGUGCUGGCGACGUUCAUCUCCAUGGUGUGUUCCGACAGAGUGGGAAGGAGGCCUCUGCUCAUCAGUGGAUGUUGCGUCAUGGCGUUGGGUCUCAUAACCAUCGGACUUCUUAGCGGAUAUUCAGUGAAGGACACUCAGGAGCCUUGUAACAUAGACCGCGUCAUCGACAACAGAACGGGUCAGUUCCAGUUUACCGAUGGGAACCAUACGCUUUUGAACGCACCGCCGGGCGAGACCAACACAGUCCAAGAUGCCGGGGACCAAAAAACCCCAGAACCUCUGGAAUUUGCAAUGGAAAGUUCUCCUAGUGUUCAGGAAAAGGUUUUCAACUGGAUCAUUCUUGUGUGCGUAAUGGCUGUUGUUGCGGCAUACUCCAUUGGAUUUGGACCAAUGACGUGGCUUCUCCUCAGCGAGAUCUUUCCCGCCGCAGUGAGAGGACGAGCGUUCGCACUCAGCAGCUGCUUCAACUGGAGCGCUCACCUCUUGGUCACCUUCACUUUCCUGGAUGUGUUCAAUGCAGUCGGUCUGGGCGGAACGUUCCUCAUGUAUGGUGUGAUCUCGGUGGUGGCCGCCAUUUUCUUCUACUUUUUGCUGCCAGAAACCAAAGGCAAGACGCUGGACCAGAUCGACAAGGAGCUGCGCUUCAACAGGUUUCAUCGCAACGUGAAGCAGCGCGUCUUCAUCAGAACGUCUUCUUUUCAGCAUCGCUACCAAAGAGUCCGCUGUCAAGCCAAGAGUCCGUAGGAAAACAUCAACAAUGAUCCAUGAAUCGUUUUAACUCACCUUGAGUCUUGUGUGGGUACUAAGGGAACAGCUCUAAAAUGGUUCCAGUCAUUUUUGACCAGCAGGAGUUUGUCCAAUACUCCUCCUCUGAGUCUACCUUAACCUCCUAAGACCCAGCGUCCUCCGAAGUGGACAUUCAUGUUAAGUAUAUAACUUUCUGAGAACAAACGUCCUCCAAAGUGGACAUUUGUGUCAAACAAAGUGGACAGUUGUGUUAAGUAUAUAACUUCCUGAGAACAAACGUCCUCCAAAGUGGAUGUUUGUGUCAAGCAUAGUGGACAUUUGUGUUGAGUUUAUAAUCUCCAGAGACCCAGCGUCCUCUGAAGUGGACAUUUGUGUCAAGCAGAGUGGACAUUUAUGUUAAGUUUGUGACCUCCUAAGAAUCAGCGUCCUCUAAAGUGGACAGUUGUGUCAAGCAGAGUGGACAAUUAUGUUAAGUCUAUAACUUCCUGAGAACAAACGUCCUCCAAAGUGGACAUUUGUGUUAAGCAUAGUGGACAAUUGUGUUGAGUUUAUAAUCUCCAGAGACCCAGCGUCCUCUGAAGUGGACAUUCAUGUUAAGUUUGUGACCUCCUAAGAAUCAGCGUCCUCUAAGAUGGACAUUUAUGUUAAGUCUAUAACUUCCUGAGAACAAACGUCCUCCAAAGUGGACAUUUAUGUCAAGCAUAGUGGACAAUUGUGUUGAGUUUAUAAUCUCCAGAGACCCAGCGUCCUCUGAAGUGGACAUUUGUGUCAAGCAUAGUGGACAUUUGUGUUGAGUUUAUAAUCUCCAGAGACCCAGCGUCCUCUGAAGUGGACAUUUGUGUCAAGCAGAGUGGACAUUUAUGUUAAGUCUAUAACUUCCUGAGAACAAACGUCCUCCAAAGUGGACAUUUAUGUCAAGCAUAGUGGACAAUUGUGUUGAGUUUAUAAUCUCCAGAGACCCAGCGUCCUCUGAAGUGGACAUUUGUGUCAAGCAGAGUGGACAUUUAUGUUAAGUUUGUGACCUCCUAAGAAUCAGCGUCCUCUAAGGUGGACAGUUGUGUCAAGCAGAGUGGACAUUUAUGUUAAGUCGAUAACUUCCUGAGAACAAACGUCCUCCAAAGUGGACAUUUGUGUUAAGCAUAGUGGACAAUUAUGUUGAGUUUAUAAUCUCCAGAGACCCAGCGUCCUCUGAAGUGGACAUUCAUGUUAAGUUUGUGACCUCCUAAGAAUCAGCGUCCUCUAAGAUGGACAUUUAUGUUAAGUCUAUAACUUCCUGAGAACAAACGUCCUCCAAAGUGGACAUUUAUGUCAAGCAUAGUGGACAAUUGUGUUGAGUUUAUAAUCUCCAGAGACCCAGCGUCCUCUGAAGUGGACAUUUGUGUCAAGCAAAGUGGACAUUUAUGUUAAGUUUGUGACCUCCUAAGAAUCAGCGUCCUCUAAGGUGGACAGUUGUGUCAAGCAGAGUGGACAUUUAUGUUAAGUCGAUAACUUCCUGAGAACAAACGUCCUCCAAAGUGGACAUUUGUGUUAAGCAUAGUGGACAAUUGUGUUGAGUUUAUAAUCUCCAGAGACCCAGCGUCCUCUGAAGUGGACAUUCAUGUUAAGUUUGUGACUUCCUGAGAGUCAGCGUCCUCUAAGAUGGACAUUUAUGUUAAGUCUAUAACUUCCUGAGAACAAACGUCCUCCAAAGUGGACAUUUGUGUCAAGCAUAGUGGACAAUUGUGUUGAGUUUAUAAUCUCCAGAGACCCAGCGUCCUCUGAAGUGGACAUUUGUGUCAAGCAUAGUGGACAUUUGUGUUGAGUUUAUAAUCUCCAGAGACCCAGCGUCCUCCAAAGUGGACAUUUGUGUCAAGCAGAGUGGACAUUUAUGUUAAGUCUAUAACUUCCUGAGAACAAACGUCCUCCAAAGUGGACAUUUGUGUCAAGCAUAGUGGACAAUUGUGUUGAGUUUAUAAUCUCCAGAGACCCAGCGUCCUCUGAAGUGGACAUUUGUGUCAAGCAUAGUGGACAUUUGUGUUGAGUUUAUAAUCUCCAGAGACCCAGCGUCCUCCAAAGUGGACAUUUGUGUCAAGCAGAGUGGACAUUUAUGUUAAGUCUAUAACUUCCUGAGAACAAACGUCCUCCAAAGUGGACAUUUAUGUCAAGCAUAGUGGACAAUUGUGUUGAGUUUAUAAUCUCCAGAGACCCAGCGUCCUCUGAAGUGGACAUUUGUGUCAAGCAGAGUGGACAUUUAUGUUAAGUUUGUGACCUCCUAAGAAUCAGCGUCCUCUAAGGUGGACAGUUGUGUCAAGCAGAGUGGACAUUUAUGUUAAGUCGAUAACUUCCUGAGAACAAACGUCCUCCAAAGUGGACAUUUGUGUUAAGCAUAGUGGACAAUUGUGUUGAGUUUAUAAUCUCCAGAGACCCAGCGUCCUCUGAAGUAGACAUUCAUGUUAAGUUUGUGACUUCCUAAGAGUCAGCGUCCUCUAAGAUGGACAUUUAUGUUAAGUCUAUAACUUCCUGAGAACAAACGUCCUCCAAAGUGGACAUUUGUGUCAAGCAUAGUGGACAAUUGUGUUGAGUUUAUAAUCUCCAGAGACCCAGCGUCCUCUGAAGUGGACAUUUGUGUCAAGCAGAGUGGACAUUUAUGUUAAGUCUAUAACUUUCUGAGAACAAACGUCCUCCAAAGUGGACAUUUGUGUUAAGCAUAGUGGACAAUUGUGUUGAGUUUAUAAUCUCCAGAGACCCAGCGUCCUCUGAAGUGGACAUUCAUGUUAAGUUUGUGACCUAAGAAUCAGCGUCCUCUAAGAUGGACAUUUAUGUUAAGUCUAUAACUUCCUGAGAACAAACGUCCUCCAAAGUGGACAUUUAUGUCAAGCAUAGUGGACAAUUGUGUUGAGUUUAUAAUCUCCAGAGACCCAGCGUCCUCUGAAGUGGACAUUUGUGUCAAGCAGAGUGGACAUUUAUGUUAAGUCUAUAACUUCCUGAGAACAAACGUCCUCCAAAGUGGACAUUUGUGUUAAGCAUAGUGGACAAUUGUGUUGAGUUUAUAAUCUCCAGAGACCCAGCCUCCUCUGAAGUGGACAUUCAUGUUAAGUUUGUGACCUAAGAAUCAGCGUCCUCUAAAAUGGACAUUUAUGUUAAGUCUAUAACUUCCUGAGAACAAACGUCCUCCAAAGUGGACAUUUAUGUCAAGCAUAGUGGACAAUUGUGUUGAGUUUAUAAUCUCCAGAGACCCAGCGUCCUCUGCAGUGGACAGUUGUGUCAAGCAUAGUGGACAAUUGUGUUGAGUUUAUAAUCUCCAGAGACCCAGCGUCCUCUGAAGUGGACAUUUGUGUCAAGCAGAGUGGACAUUUAUGUUAAGUUUGUGACCUCCUAAGAAUCAGCGUCCUCUAAGGUGGACAGUUGUGUCAAGCAGAGUGGACAUUUAUGUUAAGUCGAUAACUUCCUGAGAACAAACGUCCUCCAAAGUGGACAUUUGUGUUAAGCAUAGUGGACAAUUGUGUUGAGUUUAUAAUCUCCAGAGACCCAGCGUCCUCUGCAGUGGACAGUUGUGUCAAGCAUAGUGGACAAUUGUGUUGAGUUUAUAAUCUCCAGAGACCCAGCGUCCUCUGAAGUGGACAGUUGUGUCAAGCAGAGUGGACAUUUAUGUUAAGUUUGUGACCUCCUAAGAAUCAGCGUCCUCUAAGGUGGACAGUUGUGUCAAGCAGAGUGGACAUUUAUGUUAUGUCUAUAACUUCCUGAGAACAAACGUCCUCCAAAGUGGACAUUUGUGUCAAUCUUAGUGGACAAUCGUGUUGAGUUUAUAAUCUCCAGAGACCCAGCGUCCUCUGAAGUGGACAUUUGUGUCAAGCAGAGUGGACAUUUAUGUUAAGUCUAUAACUUCCUGAGAACAAACGUCCUCCAGAGUGGACAUUUGUGUCAAGCAUAGUGGACAUUUGUGGUGAGUUUAUAAUCUCCAGAGACCCAGCGUCCUCUGAAGUGGACAUUUGUGUCAAGCAGAGUGGACAUUUAUGUUAAGUUUGUGACCUCCUAAGAAUCAGCGUCCUCUAAGGUGGACAUUUAUGUCAAGCAGAGUGGACAUUUAUGUUAAGUCGAUAACUUCCUGAGAACAAACGUCCUCCAAAGUGGACAUUUGUGUUAAGCAUAGUGGACAAUUGUGUUGAGUUUAUAAUCUCCAGAGACCCAGCGUCCUCUGAAGUGGACAUUCAUGUUAAGUUUGUGACCUCCUAAGAAUCAGCGUCCUCUAAGAUGGACAUUUAUGUUAAGUCUAUAACUUCCUGAGAACAAACGUCCUCCAAAGUGGACAUUUGUGUCAAGCAUAGUGGACAAUUGUGUUGAGUUUAUAAUGAACUUCACACAGAUGUCCACUCUGCUUGACACAAAUGUCCACUUCAGAGGACGCUGGGUCUAGAAAGCGUCUAGAGGACAUCUGUGUUAAGUGCGUAACCUCUGGAGAAACCAGCGUGCUUCCAGUAGACAUUUGUGUUUAGAUACACAUUCUCCUACGAACUAGCGUCCCUCGAAGUGGACAUUUGUGUCAAGCAGAGUGGACGUGUUUAGUUUUUCACCUACUGAGAAUCAGCGUCCUCUGCAGUGGACAUGAACUUAACACAAAUGACCACUGCAGAGGACACCGUUUCUUACAAGAUUACACACUUAACACAGAUGUCCACUGGAGAGGACGCUGAUUCUUAGGAGGUCACAAACUUAACAUAAAUGUCCACUUCAGAGG